AUGAGUAUCCCAAAUACAAUGUUCAUUUGUAUAUGCAUGGCUUUGAUCAUUCCAUUAUUGGCCUUGUCUACAUCGAAUCAAGAAAUACAAGAAAUGAUGGAUAAUGUUAACAAUGAAUACGAUCGAUUUGAAGAAUCAAAUCGUCCAAGUCGACAAUUAUUUCGUUCUCCGAUUUAUAAAAAUGAGCCCUAUGAUAAUGAUCAUUUCAUUUUAAAGAAAACGGCCGAUUUUGAACAAAUUUUAAAACCAUGCAAUCGAAUGCCAGCUACUGGUCGUGGCCAGGAGUAUGCUGAUUGCGUACGCAAUCGUAUGUUACUUAUGGGUAGACGAAAACGUAGACAAACAAGUUAA